AAGUGAUAAGAACUUGUGAUAUCGAUAUUCAAUGAAAGAAAAGACCGCCGCUAAUGUUCCGAUUGUUACCGCGUUUUCGAAAACUAUCUAUGAUGACUGGAGGUACCCCACCAAAACGCUCUCCCAUUUGGAUCGGCACCCACAACGGCACUUUUCACUGCGACGAGGUGGUCGCAUGUUUUAUGCUCAAGCAAUUGGAUGAGUAUAAAAACGCAGAGAUUUUCCGCAGCCGGGACAACAAAGCUUUGGAGGAGAAGUGCGACAUAAUUUUGGACGUGGGCGGCGUUUAUGAUCAUGCCAAGAAAUUGUACGAUCACCACCAACAAACCUUCAAGGAGACUUUUAGUUCCGUUCGACCAGAAGUAAGCGAGGACUUCAACGUUAUCAGGCUAAGCAGUGCUGGACUAAUCUACUGCCACUAUGGCGAGCGUGUUAUACAGAGCAUCCUGCAGCGCGAAAAGGGAAUUCAACUCUCACCGGAGAACCUGCAACUGGCCUUUAUUCAGAUCUAUAGGAAUUUUAUCAACGAACUGGACGCAAUUGAUAAUGGAGUGCCCAUGUUCGAGGGCGUUGAGCCUAUAUACAAAAUCUCCACUCAUCUAUCCGCCCGCAUUGGCAAACUGAAUCCGUCCUGGCAGGAAACUGACGUAGACAUCGAAGACCGAUUCAGACAGGCGAUGGAUACUGCCGGUCGUGAGUUUGUGGACAAUGUUGUGGAGGUAUCAUGUUCCUGGAUAGCAGCCCGGGAUCACGUACGAGAGGCUCUAGAAAAUGCCAAGAGCGUCCAUCCCACCGGCGAGAUUCUUGUGUUGAAGAAUUUCUGCCCCUGGAAGUCUCAUCUGUUCGAUCUUGAAAAGGAGUACAAGGUGGAGGGUGUGCCCAAGCUGGUUGUCUUCAACGACGGCACCAGUUGGCGAGUGGCCGGAGUUCCAGUGACGCCUAGCAGCUUUCUGGGCCGCAAAUUUCUGCCUACUCCCUGGCGCGGACUGAGAGACGAUGAACUAUGCGAAAAGGCGAGCAUCAAAGAUCUCGUAUUUAUCCAUCACAACGGAUUUAUUGGCGGGGCAAAGACCGAGGAGGCUGCCAUGUUGUUGGCCAAGAAGUCCAUCGAGUGGACAGAAGAGCAAUAAUAUAAUACGACUUAUAGUAAAGUUACAAUUGAAAAACAAUAUGGGAAAGAAAUACGCAUAUGUUGUACCUAAACAAA